UACACAUGGUUCUAAAAGCUGUUUCUGAAAUGAGGCAUGUUGGCAGAGAGGCUUUGACGUACAAAAGUGGCAGUAUGAGAAACCAUUAGCCUAAUACCUGAGGCUUGAAAAAACCAGUGAAUAUUUGAAACUUUAUCUAGUGUCUGUCAAAAAACAUUUCCCAAGACUUCUAAGGCUUUAUGUUUUAUUUGUGCUUUGGCCAAUUGAAGUGGCAAAGUAGCAUGUAAACUGUCUCUAUAAAAAGUCCAGAUGUCAAAACGUGAAAUUCAAACGUCCGAACACUGGAAAACAAAUUGUGACCUCAUUCGUAAACUUUUGUAGAGAAACUUCACUUCGAAUAUCCGACUGUUGAUAUUGUUGGUUUUUAUUGUCUUACAUAUUAUUGAUGUGUCUUUAUCAAUAUAUACAGUGAGUAACGAAGAUUAUUGAUUUUCUGCCUGAACAAUUUGCACCUCAUCACUUUCCAUGUCAGUCUUGCGUUACCGACUAUUUUGAAAACUGAUUUUUACGCACAAUGUAGUCAUAACUUACUGAUUUCCGCUUUUAAUAUUUAGUCUGAAUUAAUCGAUUACGACAAGUCAUUGUAUACACAGAUGCCUAGUACAUUAUGGAAUCCGAUUUUUCCCAUACUGAGUAGGGAGUUUAGUUGCCGUAGUUUCAACUUAAUUCGACACUUCGAGCCGCAGACACCGAAAGAAGUCGGACCAAAUGACCGGAACAAUCGCCUUCCUAAGUCGUAUGAAUUGAUGAUGCGAACCGUACAAAACAGAGUAGGUCCGACCCAGAGGCCUCGCAAAAGACUAUACACCAUAUUGCUUUCUCGUCGAGAUAACAAAAUGUCGGAAUCAGUUAGGAUGUCCACUCCUGAAGGGCGGGCGCUUAUUUUUAAGAGACUUAUUGAUGGACAAAAACGUUUGUGGCCGCAUGCUUGGUAGUUUGUUUGCUUCAACUUCCCAGACAUAUUUUUGAAAAUUUGUGUACUUCUAUUUCACUCUAUCCUCAAAUAUAGUGCGUAUCAACGACU